AUGGCAGCUCCGGCCGCGGUGGGCGCCGGGGCCGGGCAGGGCAAGGAGUACCCCGGCGAGCUCACCCUCUACGUCCUCCUCACCUGCGCCGUCGCUGCCACUGGGGGCCUUAUCGUCGGCUACGACAUCGGCAUAUCCGGCGGCGUGACAUCCAUGGACGCAUUCCUGCACAAGUUCUUCCCGUCGGUGUACCGCAAGGAGCAGACGGCGCGGGGAGGCGGCGGCAGCAGCCAGUACUGCAAGUUCGACAGCCAGCUGCUGACCGCGUUCACGUCGUCGCUGUACCUGGCGGCGCUCGUCGCCUCCUUCGUCGCGUCCGUGGCGCGCUCCCUCGGCCAGAAAUGGUCCAUGUUCGGCGGCGGCGUCUCCUUCCUCGCCGGCGCCACCCUCAACGCCGCAGCGCAGCAGGACGUCGCCAUGCUCAUCGUCGGCCGCAUCCUUCUCGGAAUCGUCGUCAGCUUCGCUGGUCUGUGCAUCCCGAUCUACCUGUCGGAGAUGGCGCCGCACCGCCUCCGCGGCACGCUGAACAUCGGCUUCCAGCUGAUGAUCACCGUGGGCAUCUUCUCCGCCAACCUCGUCAACUACGGCGCCGCCAAGAUCGAAGGCGGCUGGGGCUGGCGUCUCAGCCUCGGGCUCGCCGCGGCGCGGCGGGUCCUCGCGCGGAUCCGUGGCAGCGACGUCAACGUGGCCGACGAGUACGGCGACCUCGUGGCGGCGGCCAGCGAGGCGUCCGGCGCCAUCAGCGUCAGGCGCCCGUGGGUGGACAUCCUCGGUCGCAGGUACCGGCCGCAGCUCACCAUGGCCGUCCUCGUGCCCUUCUUCCAGCAGUUCACCGGCAUCAACGUCAUCAUGUUCUACGCGCCCGUCCUGUUCAAGACGAUCGGGCUCGGGGGCGACGCGUCGCUCAUGUCGGCGGUCAUCACCGGGCUGGUCAACAUCGUCGCGACGUUCGUGUCCAUCGCCACCGUCGACGGGCUCGGCCGGCGCAAGCUCUUCUUCCAGGGCGGGUGCCAGAUGCUCGUCUGCCAGGUCGUCAUCGGAACGCUGAUCGGCGUCGAGUUCGGGGCGAGCGGAGACGGGGCCGCCAUCCCGAAGAACUCCGCGGCCACCGUCGUGGCGUUCAUCUGCAUCUACGUCGCCGGCUUCGCGUGGUCCGUGGCCGUCAGCAUGCUGUACAACUUCGCCGUCGCGCAGUCCUUCCUCCCGAUGCUCUGCCACUUGAGGUUCGGCCUCUUCUACUUCUUCGGCGGGUGGGUGCUCGUGAUGACGCUCUUCGUCGCGGUGUUCCUGCCGGAGACGAAGGGCGUGCCCGUUGAGAAGAUGGGGGUUGUGUGGAGGACACGCUGGUUUUGGGGAAGGUUCGUCGUUGAUAUGGACGGCCGUGAUGAAAACUGCGACUCCGCCUUCCACAAUGGCAAUGGCAAUGGCAUUGCUGUUAGAGGUAGCCCUUGUUUAGUUGGGUGAAUUUGGAUUUUGGGUCUACUAUAGCAUGUUCGUUUUUGGCAAACAUGGCUCAAAACGGCAUUUUAA